AUGUUUGAUUCCACUAGCUCUGAAUCAUGCAACCCUAACAGGGAAGAUCCUGUGGCUGACUCUGCAAAUACUUCUCAUGCAAGAAGACCUAAAGAAACGGUCUUCGGCUUCUCCUCAGCAAUCGUGCUUGAUGAACAAACCAGAGAAGGCUCCAAGUAUGUGCAUAAUGCCAUUGCAACUAUGGUGACUGGAAUACUAUCUGGUAAUCAUAAGGUUCUUGGGGUCUCCAUUCCCUUAAACACUAUUGUACCUGAUAAUGUUGCAUGUCAAGAAAAUACAGUCUCCUUAGGAAAGAAUGUAUCUGAUGAUGUUGAGCAAACUGAUGCUCAUGAGGGGUCAAAUAUUGACAAACCCUUAGACAAUGUGGGUGGUGAGGAAGCCCGUGUCACUCAUGAUGUCAGUGAUAACCCUAACUGUGAAGCUGAAACAGUAGACCUAAAGGAGUUUUCUGAUAAUGAGUUGUUGACCUCAUUUGUCCCUAGCAUAGCCAAAAGGGUUAGGACUAGGAGAGAAAAGAAAACAGUGGUGCAGAGGUCCCCCAAAAGGCAGAUUGAUGUGCCAAUAUCUCCCAAUCCAAAGGUGGCAGAGAGUUCCCUCAAGAGGAAAGGUCAUGGUCCAACAAAAUCUUGGAGCAAAGGGGUGCCCAAGAAAAUGAAGACCAAGUGGAAGUAUGUUUAUCACAAGAGGUUGGCUUUGGAAAGGGAACUGGCUCAGAAUGUCCUGGAAUGUAAGGAGAUUGUAGACCUUAUUCAAGAGGCAGGGUUAAUGAAGACUAUGACUCAGCUCUCAAAGUGCUAUGAGAUAUUAGUAAAGGAGUUUAUUGUCAAUGUGUCUGAAGAAUGUGCUGAUGGAAAGUCUAGGGAAUUCAUAAAAGUAUAUGUGUGA